GGUUAAGGUCCGUCACGUUUGGAACACUGACAUAAAUUUGGAGCAAUGUUUUUUUUUAAUUCACGUUACAUUACAGCUCAAAUUAAUUGAUGAAAAGAUAAGUUUUCACAUAAAUUUCGGAAUAUAAACUAGUGAUUUUUCAAGUAAAAUGGACGUGAAGAGACCGAAAGUCGUAGUCUUUGAUCUAGAUUACACGUUAUGGCCAUUCUGGGUUGAUACACAUGUGACACCUCCAUUCAGAAAGGGCUCAAACAAUAAAGUAGUUGAUGCUCAUGGUCAAACAAUAAGUUAUUAUCCAUAUGCCUCUGAAAUUUUGAAAAAAUUAAGUCAAGAAGGAUAUGAAAUUGGAAUAGCUUCCAGGACUUCAGAAAUCAAAGGAGCCAAACAAUUACUAGAUUUAUUUGGAUGGAAUAAGUAUAUAAAAUAUACAGAAAUUUAUCCAGGUUCUAAAACUACUCACUUUUCCAAAAUAAAAGAUGCAUCAGGUGUUGAGUACAAAGAUAUGAUAUUCUUUGAUGAUGAGCAAAGGAAUAUUAAGGAUUUAACUGAACUAGGAGUAUUGUCAAUUUUUGUUAUGAAUGGAGUAACUCACAAAGUUGUACAAGAAGGUUUCAAGCAAUUUGCAAAUAGAUAACUAAACUAGUAUAGUUUGAAGAUAUUUGCGCAAGAGAUUUGAGGAUCCUCUUCGAAACUGUUUGUUAUAAAUUUUCCUGCCUCAGUAUCAGUCAUAGUUUUAAGUAGAAAAGUUUUUAAAGAUUCUUUGUCAAAAUUCUUGAAAGGACAUCCACCCUCAUAACUUGCACUAGGAAUGUGUUCCUAUAAAAUAAUGAAUAAUUUAAUAAA